CGCCUUGCAGGCCGCUGCUUGGCCGGGGCGGGGCGGAGUGGCGGGGCCGGGCCAGUCAUGGCCGCCUCCGUAUUCUGCUGCUUCUCCUGGUGCAGGGAUGGAGGUGCCGGCCACAUCCCGCUGAAGGAAAUGCCGGCAGUCCAUCUCGACACGCAGCGCAUGGGAACAGAUGUUGUUAUUGUUAAAAAUGGGAGAAGAAUAUGUGGCACAGGAGGCUGCUUAGCCAAUGCACCUUUGCAUCAGAACAAGAGCUAUUUCGAGUUUAAAAUCCAGUCCACAGGGAUUUGGGGUAUUGGAGUUGCAACCCAGAAAGCAAACUUGAAUCAAAUUCCACUUGGUCGAGAUGUCCAUAGCCUGGUGAUGAGGAAUGAUGGAGCUCUCUACUACAACAAUGAGGAGAAAAAUAGACUACCAGCAAACAACCUUCCUCAGGAGGGUGAUGUGGUGGGCAUUACAUAUGACCAUGUAGAAUUAAAUGUAUAUUUAAAUGGGAAGAACCUGCAUUGUCCAGCAUCAGGAAUCCGAGGGACUGUCUACCCAGUAGUCUAUGUUGAUGACAGUGCCAUUCUGGAUUGUCAGUUCAGUGAAUUUUAUCAUACACCUCCACCAGGGUUCGAAAAGAUCCUCUUUGAGCAGCAAAUCUUCUGAAUGUCUUCAUACUGAAAAUUUGCACCCUGCACUGUUACAAAAGCUGUGUCAUCUUAAAUAAAGCUUCACGUUACUUUUAGGAAACAUAUCUGUAUUUUCAGUAAGUAUUCGUGACUGUUGUCUGCAGAAUUAAUAUGUUGACUGCAACACGAGGUAACUGUGUUGCAAAUACGAGAUUUCUGACAAUGUUCUGUGGUAGAAAAUGGGCGCUUGGGGGCAGAGUUUUUCUCUGAUUUGUACUUGAUGCAUAAGGAUACUAAAGUUUAUUACUGACAUCAGUAUUACAUUUGGGAUUUCAGAUAAACUGUCACUCUGUAAAGCAAGUAGUUCUUAAGCAUAUGACACCUAUGGAGAUGGAUAGUUCUCAUUUUUUUUUCCCAACUUUUUCUCCCAGAAGUUGAGUACUUUGUUCAGAGGAAGCACUGUGUUUCUAGUCUGUGAUUUGGAGUUGCAAUGUCCCAGUUGUGCACAAUGACUAAUAAUAUAACAGCAUAACUAGCAGAUAGAUGUUUUGUUUGGGUUUUUGUGUGUUUUUUUAAAGGUGUAAUUUAAUCUAGUCCCUCAAUCGAAGACCCACAAAUAAAACUUACCUAUUUCUCUUAGCUUUUCAUUUGCUUUUAUUGUUACAAGUUAUAGGACACUUUCUAGUUACUUUUUUUUGUUGUUGAACUUUGCAAAGUAAACCUGAACACUCCCUGUUCUUGAGGACCAUGGUGCUGUGUUACUUAGGAGAGUAAGUACAGAUCAGGUUGGGUAUGCGAAGAGCCAGGUUAAGGGUAUGAGAUGUUAUGGUGAAGCCUUACAUCUAAAUUGUAAAUUAGAUUAUUCUUUUAUGGAAUAGCAUAUUUAAUUUCUUUGUGAAUCAUUUAUAAAUUAUUAUGGCUAAGACAUUGUUCUAAAAUGUGAUGCCCUUGAAUAUAAAUUCUGAGAUGCUUUUUUUCCCUCCUGUCAUAUUUAAUAUACUUCCUAAAAGAAUUUUUAUUGUAAAGAAAAUCUUCAUAUUUGGUGUUUGGUUUUUGGUUUUGGCUCUUCCUGGGUUAAUGCAUUUGCAUUAAUGAAUGAUUUUGUUUAAAUAUUUUUAGAAACUGUCUGAUUCUGAAAUUUUCAAAUACAAACAGCUUUCUCAAAGCCUUUCACCUUA